UUUCAACAGGCAUUUGGGAAGGCGCCCUCCAAGGGCAAAGACCAAGAUCCAAGAUGGCGGCGCCCAUCUUGCGCGGCCUUUCGCUUGGUGCGGCUGUCGCUGCCCUGCGGCCUCCGGGGCCUCUUGUCACCGCCCGAGCAUCUUACAACACCCGACGCUUGGGCCUGGACCUGAACGGCUUCUACUUGCCGCACUCCGAGAGCCCUGAGUGGCAGCGGGGGGCCCGGGCCCAACGCAAACGCUACGGCCGCUGGGGUAGCGCGUCCGGCGUGCCGGCCACUUCCCUGUGGCCUGAGGCCGCGGAGCUGGCCCAGCACCAGGCCGAGUGGGAGCCCAGCCUACAACAGAUGUUAAGCGAUCUCCGCGCUAAGGAGCUGGAGCGGGAGAAGAAGGAAAAGGAAAGGCAGAAGCUGAUUGCGACCAACAUGGCCAAGAUGCCCAAGAUGGUUGAAGACUGGCGGAGAGAGAAACGCGAGCUGAAGAUCAAGCAGAGGGAGGAGAAAGCCAGACGGGAACGUCUGCUUUCAGAAGCUAGGGAACGCUUUGGCUACAGCAUCGACCCACGAAGUCCCAAGUUUCAGGAGAUGGUGAAAGAGUUGGAGAAGGAGGAGAAGAAGAAACGUAAACUGAUGAAAAGAAGAAAGAAAGAAGAGACUUCUGGGAGUGAGGUAGCAGCAGCAGCAGGCACCUCGUAAACUGCUUGUAUUUACAUUGGCAGGAAUUGGGAGACUGCUAAAACUCUUUCAUUAAACUGAUUGGACAGACUUAAUGAAACGUGGCGACUUUAACAUGUUGCAAGUGUUCCAUUCUGAGUGACCACAAAUCAUUUUUAAAAUUUCAUUAUUUGUCCUUGAUAAUUAACAAGGUCACAUUUAUUGCCAGCAGUUCCAUGACAUUUGGAGGCUGGUGUCUUUACGUCUUCACUUCACUUGUAUGAGUGACUGUCAAGUGAUGUCAGAAACUAUUAAAGAAUUAACCAUCUAA